UGUGGGGGGGGGAAUAAAAUCGGUAGAUUGAGUGGCUAGAGAGGUCGGAGGUAAGUGCCCGAAGAAGCCGGGCGGACCCGGAAUACAGAGGACUCGGGAACAUGACUUAUGCUUACCUCUUCAAGUACAUCAUCAUCGGAGACACAGGUGUGGGGAAGUCAUGUCUCCUCCUGCAGUUUACAGACAAGCGGUUCCAGCCCGUCCACGACCUCACAAUAGGUGUGGAGUUUGGAGCCCGUAUGGUCAACAUUGAUGGAAAACAAAUUAAAUUACAAAUCUGGGAUACGGCCGGGCAAGAAUCCUUCCGUUCUAUCACCCGUUCCUACUACAGGGGAGCAGCGGGAGCACUCCUGGUGUAUGACAUUACAAGGCGUGAAACGUUCAAUCACCUGACCUCAUGGUUAGAGGACGCCCGUCAACACUCCAGCUCAAACAUGGUUAUCAUGCUGAUAGGAAAUAAAAGUGAUUUGGAGUCUCGCAGGGAUGUAAAGAGAGAGGAAGGAGAGGCUUUUGCCCGGGAGCAUGGAUUGAUAUUCAUGGAAACUUCAGCCAAAACUGCCUGCAAUGUUGAAGAGGCCUUCAUUAAUACAGCCAAAGAAAUCUAUAGGAAGAUCCAACAGGGUUUAUUUGAUGUUCACAAUGAGGGAUUGAACCCAGGAUCUUCGCACUGAGCUACAUCCUUAACCCUUUUUAAAAAAUGCAAAUGGCAUCAAGAUUGGGCCCCAGCAGUCAAUUUCAACAUCACCCGGACCUGGUGCCUGCCAGUGGAACUCUCGGGACGUGGGGUCUGACUCCGGCUGCUGCUGAAUAUCUGGCCUGAACUUUUUGUUUUCCCCCCUUCCUGGAACAGCUUCAGCUCAAUAGGCUUAAAGAAAGAGGUCUUACUUGCUUUGGUUGAGUAUAGCCUCUUUUCAAGGUGUGAUGUUUGCCUUUCCACUUAAAGACCAUGGGAGAAUUGGGGCCCUUACUGACCUGUCCUUCUUCAGGGACGUGAGCAUUCCCUAUAGAUUAGGGCUCUUUUCAUCCUCAUUUUAAUUUAUAAAAUGUUAGGAUCAAAGUUGAUUGUCAUGGCAGUUCAAAAAUAACUUCAUAAGCAUACACAUUCUGCUCCCCGCUAGGAGUAAGGGUAAGUAAUAAGGGUCAAGGAUGUCUUAUUUGAACACUUGAUAUUACCAGGCUCUGGCUUGCCUUUUGAAGAUGAUCAUCGCUGUAAGUUUUCUUUUUUUUUUUUUUUAACUUUGUUCCCUUCAGGCGUCUGUGGCCACUUCAUAAGAGUUCUCUCAUGAGGCAGUUACUUCGACUUGACCAAGGAAGCUGAAUAACUUCUCUUUUAUCCUAUUGCUAAUGUCUGUCUCUUAGAGUAACUGCCGAACUUUGAGAGUUGUGGAGUUGGUCCUGGAUGCCUGGCCACUUAUCCUUACUCAACAAACACAUUCAUUCCCUGUUCAUUUGUUCUAGGGACCAGGUCAAACACUGUAGCAUCUUUCACCUAAUUGAUCUCCACUAUUCCAUCACACUUCUUAACUAGACCUAAUUGGACUUUGUACUCUAAUCAAGCUAAUCUGCUUACUACACAUGCCAUAUCCAUUCCUCUUUAUAUACCUUUGCACAUGCUGUACUAUAAAGAGAGACAUUAUAACAUAAUUAAAAGACCAACAUUUUUUCCUUUAGGAAGGCUUCAGUGACUGACCUAACGACUUUAAGCGAUCACUGAUGUAUUAUUGCCCCUUAAGGGCUUUCCUAUUUUGGUUAUUCAUAUGGGUAUUUAUUUGUAGGUAUGUUACUCUGUAAAUAUGUUUUGUAGUUGUUUCUUGCCUGGGAUCUGUCUCCUCAUUUAGGCUGUACGCUCUGUGAGAGCAGGAUCCAUGUCAUUCCUUUAUUUUUAUAAACCACUUUGCCCGCGUCCUGUCUCAGUGUCUAGUGCUACCCAUUAUGUGAUCAUUAAAUUUGACCAACAUACUUAAAAACUUCAGAUAUUGGGCCAGGGAUUUAGCUCAGUGCCACCGUGCGUGCCUUGAAAGCACAAGGUCCUGAGUUCGAUCCCUGGUACGAAAAAAAAAAAGAACCUUCAGAUUUUAGACUUCGGAGAAAGCAAAAGACCUUAAAGUUAUCUCUUCAUAAUUCUAUCUCAGUUUCUUCCGUCUGAUUACCCUAGAUCUAGAUGGCUCUUCUCUCUUGCCUUUCUCUGGCUCACUGCCUCCAUUCUAUGCAGCAUAUAGUAAGGCUGCCUGCUACCAAGCAGCCAGACAAGUGGGUACUUCAGUCCUUCACCAUUUCUGAGUAUACAAUACUAUCUUCGCCACAUUUGCCUUUGCUUCAUGCAUCAUACAGCCUUCUGGGUCAGUUGCUUUUUGCUUAAUGUCUCCUUCUCUUCCACAGCACUGAGGUCUCUGAAUUUUUCUAAUUUUUGUUAACAAAUUGUUUCAUUAUUAAAUAUAUGCAUGUUUCCAAGCUGUUUAUA